AUGGGCGUGUCGGGGCUCUGGGAUGUACUGCGCCCAGCGGGGACUAGUCGCUCAUUUACCGCUAUCGCCGUUGAUGGCUUUGCCGACACUGGUUCUACCCGCAACUUUCGUGCCUUUCGAGUUGGCAUCGAUGCCUCCAUCUGGUUCGUGCACUCCACUUACGGCAAGGAAGGCGAGAACCCAGAGCUCCGCACAAUAUUCUUUCGACUCAUCCGCCUCCUCAAACACCCUUUCUUGCCGCUGUUUGUAUUCGAUGGCCCAAUGCGCCCGGAUGUGAAGAGGGGAAAGUUGAUCGACAAAAAGCCUCACUGGAUGGUCGAUGGCAUGAAGAAGAUGGUCGAAGCAUUUGGGUUUGAGUGGCGAACGGCUCCUGGCGAAGCCGAAGCCGAACUCGCGUAUCUUAAUCGCAUAGGCGUCAUCGACGCGGUCCUUCCUUCAGACACCCUCUCCGGGAAUCGUUCCCACGCUCGAGCUACCAAGAAUCACACCAUGACGUUCUCUUCCCAUACCAUCGAAACGCACCCAGAGGUCGGGCUUACUCACCAAGACCUCGUGCUCGUCGCACUCCUUAGCGGGGGUGACUACCAUCAUGGCCUCGACGCCUGCGGUAUAUCUGUCGCCAUUGGUUUGGCGCGGGCGGGAUUCGGCCGGUCGUUAGUUGCGAAAGUCCAGUCACUCGCUCUAAGCGUCCAGCAUGUCGAAGGCAGGAAGACUAAAGUUUCCCUCUCCGGCGCAGAAAAAUGUGAACUCGACACGUUUCUAGAAGGCUGGCGCGUCGAGGUCGCAGAGGAAUUGCGCACAAACUCACGUAAAUUGUUGGGAAAGCGUAGUCCAAAGGCUGCUGCAAACUUACUCGCACUCGGCAACGCAUUUCCAAAUGUCGACGUGCUUAUGGCAUACAUCAAUCCUGUUACGAGUGAAGAGCGUGCUGUCGCAAAGGCCACGCGGGCAAAUCCAUCUACUACAGGCACGGAGCUAGCGAACAUCGUGCUGCGGGCCAAAGAAGAUGUUGCACGCAGCCUAGGCGAGAGCAUCAUUUGGGCAAGAGAUCCGAGCGUCAGAGCGAUCGCAAAGGUUUGCGAGGAUUACUUCGAAUGGGGAUAUCGCGACCGCAUUAUCCAGAGGUUCACCAGUUGGCUCUGGGAAGGUAUCGUGUGCCGAACGCUGAGGCGAAAGACCAUACUUCGAGAUCUCGACACACUGAGCAGCACUCCAGCUACAGCUACAGCGUUGCGUCUCGAUCAGCUUGACUUGUCUAGCACCAAAAACUCGUCAACCGAGCAGGUUGAAACUACCUUACGACCCCUCAUCCUCAAGAUCACCUCUACGCGAGCCCACGCAACAACCGACCACCUACCUGAAUACCGCCUCGAGAUCGAUCCAUAUGCCCUCAUUCGCGCGGCUGAGGCGGGCAUCGAGGGCCGGCGCAGUGCGCCGACGACCGACUGGAGCGACGAUGAGGAUAUGCCGAGUUCGGAUGACGAAGGCAGAAAGGGCCAAAAAUUUGACGAAAGUGCGACCAGACGGUACUGGCUACCCGCGUGCAUGGUCGUGGCAGGCGAGCCGGGGCUAGCGAGGGGGUUCGAGGAAGUGAAGGCCGCAAAAGAGCUUCGCAAAGCCACGCGAGGUAAUGGAAGGGGGAGGGCCAAAGCUGCGAGUACCAUGCGCUGUGGAAGCGUCGUGACGCCCCUGGCCAGUUACGAUGGAGACGAACAUACGGAUAGCGUGACAAGUGCGCCGGACGUUACACCACGGAGUGGCAGAGCGGUGCCCCCCGCCGCAGCUGUGCAACCUUCAGCGGAAAAGCGAGUGGUGGCCAGUAUGAGCGAUUACUUCAAGGCAAGCAAGACUAUGAUCCCCCCGAGCUUACGGGUGGACAAGGAGCCUGCCCAGACGCUUCCGAGUGGACCUCGGAAGGAUGUGGUGGCGGGUGUGACAAAGGGUAAGAUUAGGGCGUCUACGACGAGCAACACCAGCAGAGUUGCAUUGCUGUUUGAUGCCGGCGACGAACUGAGGGUUAUCAAGGACUUAACGAAGCCAAAGUCCAGCGUCACCGAGAGCAGCUCCGAGAGCACAACGCCCGCACAGUUGAAAGCGACCUUGUUCGAGAACACGGAGUACAGCGUCUUCAAGGACCUCACCAUGCCGAAGGGGCACAGAGCCGCGACCACUGCUAGCAAUCCGUUACCCGAGAAAGCGCGGCAACGGACAUUCUCAUCAGCUCCUUCGCAGGCCGUCCCAGAUGGCUUGGAACCAACACUACGGAGCAGAUUCUUACAGGACCCCUGGAUGGCCUCAUCGAUACCUUCAAUGACAAACCUUGGUCCGACGACCGAGUCACAGCUUGAAGCAGGCCCCUCGAAACCUUCCUCACGCCGCCACGCUAUGACGCGCAUAAGCACAUGGAAGCCCACGCCCUUUCCGAUAACUGAACUCUCCAUUGCCUCCUCCGAUGAGGACACAACGCACACUUCUCUCACUUAUCAGCGGCGCACGCGUAGAGCGUCCACAUCACGACCUUUCGAUACCGCGAAGCGGAGCGACGAGCUGCAGAAAUCACCCCGCAAGUCAAAGAAACAAGCGAGUCCACACUCAUCCAAGGGCGUGAGUCCGUCACACGGCGAAGCUGUGCCUAGCAUGGAGAAGCCAACGGCAUGCCCGCAGAGACGGGCAGUAACAAAGACUACACAUGUUAUUGAGAUAUCCAGUGACUCAGAUGUCCCUGUGCCACCAAAGGAUAAGCCAAGAAACCUGCAGAAUGCUUUCAAAGCCAGAAAUGCAAGAGAACCUACUGCAAUCCAAAACCAUAGACCUUUACAGCCCACAUGUCCACUUUUGCCACAAGAGAUAGAGGUUAUUGAUUUGUGUUCAGAUUAACAGAGUGUAGAUAUACUUUGUUGUUGUUUAAUUACUUUUUUCUCUUAUGCUGGUUUUGAUUGCAAGUAUAAAAAUUAAAGAAGUUUUUUAGUGUAAUACAUUAGAGGUGUUCAAAGUUUGUU